CCGGUCUCUCGAUGCCUCAGUGAACAUUACAAAGUAAUGGCGGCGUGCCGGGGAUCUUCGUUGAAAUGGUUUUUCACCCGGGAGCAACUCGAAAACACGCCGUCCCGCCGAUGUGGAGUAGAACCAGACCGGGAGCUCUCCUACCGACAACAAGCGGCGAAUCUGAUCCAAGAUAUGGGUCAGAGGCUCAACGUCUCUCAACUAACAAUAAAUACCGCAAUUGUUUACAUGCAUAGAUUUUAUAUGCACCACUCUUUCACCAAAUUCCAUAGGAAUAUAAUAUCUCCAACCACAUUAUUUUUGGCUGCAAAAGUGGAAGAACAACCUCGGAAACUCGAACAUGUGAUCAAAGUUGCACAUGCUUGCCUAAAUCCACAAGAAUCGCCUCUCGACACAAAAAGUAAUGCAUACCUCCAGCAAGCUCAAGAGCUGGUGAUACUUGAAUCCAUAGUGCUGCAGACCCUAGGCUUUGAAAUUACUAUUGAUCACCCACACACUGAUGUGGUGAAAUGUUCCCAGCUAGUGCGAGCAAGCAAGGAUCUGGCACAGACUUCCUAUUUCAUGGCUACCAACAGUCUACACCUCACUACCUUCUGCCUCCAGUACAAGCCCACAGUGAUUGCCUGUGUAUGCAUCCACCUGGCGUGUAAAUGGUCCAACUGGGAGAUCCCAGUAUCUACUGAUGGGAAACACUGGUGGGAGUACGUGGACAGCUCAGUCACUCUUGAGCUGCUUGAUGAGCUGACUCAUGAGUUUCUGCAAAUUCUGGAGAAGACGCCCAGCCGGUUAAAGAGGAUACGCAACUGGAGGGCAACACAAGCUGCCAAAAAGCCCAAGAGUGAAAAUGCCCAGUUGACGGACAAUUCAUUUGCUGGGCCUUCAAUGCUCCAGGACCAGGGUGAUGCUGCACUUUCUGGAGUUCCCUCAUCCAACCCAAGUUUUUCCAAAGCAGGCGCUGCUUUCCCUGUGCCCAUGCCUGGCCAGUCCAGAGGAGCACCUCUGUCUCUGGACACCAUGGCUGCCACAUACCAUCCAGCCAGCCAUAGUGAAUGGCCCCAGGGCAACCAGAGCCAAGCAGGGUACCCUUCUGCCUGUAUAAAACAGGAACCCCUCAGCAUCCCUCUCCAGGAGCCGACACUCUCCUUGCAAACCUCCACUUCCUCUUUGCUACAGCAGCCGCCUAUGUACAGGACAGAGAAAACAGUGGAUUUCAACCCUGUCAAACAAGAACAAAAAACUACUGGUGGGAGUAGUGUGAGCAAACAUCAGCCACCUCAGUCUGCUUUCCCUCCACCAGCUCAGCCUCCUCCACCACAACCUUCUCCAGCUCAGAAGCUGUCUCUAGACAAGUACAGAGAGAAACAUGCUGCAGAGCUGGCUGUCUCUGGACAGAAACGUAGGCAAGAGCAGCAUGAAAGAAUAAUGGACUUUGAAGCGAAGGGGGAUUUGUUGUCCUCUUCUACCUAUGCACCAUCCACUAUGAGCCAAGUAGACCAUAGAAAACAUUUGCAGCCCCACCAAACAUCUCAUGGUGGUGGUGGCAGCACCACUGCCUCCCCAAUGAAAAUGAAAGUCCCUUCCUCCUCAUCAUCAGGGCAAGAUAGACGCCAUCACAGUGACAAACGGGACAAAGGCUCAAUUAAACUCCGCCUGGCUGUUCCUGGGUCCAGCGGCAGUUCACAGCUGGAUAAAAGUGGACAACCAAGCAAAGAUGAACUUAAGAUGAAGAUAAAAGUUUCAUCAUCCGAGCGCCACAGCUCAUCAGAUGAAGGCAUUGCCGCCAACAACAACAAGAGUAAACAUUCCAGCCCGCUGGUGAGCAAGGAGAAACAGCAUCGUGGAGCGGAGCACAACCCCCAUCGCUACCACAAGCACAGUAACCCCCACCCGCACAGUGGCAAUGGACGAGGGGGCACCGAGGGGCCAGGUGGUGGGGUAGGCCUGUUGCGGGGGCCUCCAGGAUUGGUCAGCCUGGAGGGAAUGGCACUUGCUCCUCCUGGAUCCACAUCUUCUUCACGCAAGAGGGUUUACUCCGAGGCCAGCCACAACCACCACCCUUCGUCCUCAUCCUCCACUUCUUGCUCCAAAGUGAGCAAAAUCUCCAAGGGUGGCACUGGUGCUGCAGGUGGGCUGCGGACCUCUCAGCAGUACCCUCCUAGUGAAUCGCCACAUGAAGUGGGAGAGCAGAGACACUGAGUCCACCAAUUCUGCAGCCAUGGCCAGCACAUGGAAAUGGCAACAAACUACCCACAGCUCAGACUAUGCUCACCUCUUUGUUAAGUGCCCUAGGAAAAUAACUCUUUAUGUGAUGAUAAACCCUUUAUUGAAAGGCAGAAAAAACUUAUCUGCAAAAAAAAAGAAAAGUAUUGUUGGACUUCUCAAUUUCUGAGAGACAAAUAAGGUGAAAAUAUUAUGCUUCCUGACUGUCACAUGUCUGGGCUGUAGGGCUCAGUCCUGUGUUUCUGUUAGUGUGUCAAAUUGCUGCUUGGUUAUUCUUCCUCCUCAAAUGGGUCUCGAAAAUGUGCAAGGUGGGUGUGUGUACGUGAAAGGAAAGGGUUGUGUGUGCGCUUGCAUCAGGAGGAAAAGUCCCUUUCCUACAUGUCAGAUCUCCAUAUGGGAAAACACAAGUAUUACAAUUACCAUAAAAAGCAUGGAAGGUGCACUUUCUUCAUUUUCUUCCUUUAUUUUUAAACAAGUAAUUUAAUUGAAUCACAUUUCUGCAGUUGUAUGGAGGAAGCUAGUGGCCAGCUAGAGAUGAAUUCAGUUUAUGUUUGCUGGCAUUCCAUUUAGUACUGUUGGAUGCAGAUAUUUUUUUUUCGGUGUAAAGUUUCAUCUCCUCCAUUACUUUCUUGUCUUGGUUUCUUUUUAUACUUAAGUACUGUGCAUAUGAUUUGCAUGUUUCAAUCAUCAAAGGGAUUUAAAAAGAGAGUGCUUACUUGCUGUUUACAGAAAAUGGAGAUAAAUGUACAUACAUUUUUGUAUGUUUAAAGAAAAAAAAGCUAUACUAUGACUACUCAGGUUUGGAGCUGCUUGUAAGUAUAACAAGAUAAAUAUAAUACCUAUAAAAGAGUUUUAUUUUGUUGAUCAGUGGAUUGGGCAUCAUCUUGUGAAUGAUUGCAGCAUUCCAGUGGUGUGUGCUUCUUACAGCCUUGCUAUAGACAGUGAUGUACUAUAGGUUUCCAUCACAGGAAAUAUCAGUUGAUCCCCUCAGCAACUGGCACAUCCAACACCUACUUAUCACAUCAGAGAGAUGCAAUUUGUACCAAAAAAUAUUUUUUGGACCUCUAAGUAGACCUUAAGCUGGAUGCCAAAGGUUGUGCCUCAAAAAGAAAAAAAAAAAGCUGAUACAGACAGUAGUAGUGUGCUCUUAAAGUUUACAUAACCCUUUUUACUUUGAAGUGCAUGAGACAUUUCAUGACAUGAAGCUGUAGCCCCUCUGAUGUCAGCCCAAAAAGGGGACACAUUUCUUCAAUCAACCAUGACUGGGGUACUGUUCAGGAAAAAUAUUGCUGGCUUAUUUCAACGUUAGAGCAGUGACUAAUUGGCUGUAUGCAAGAUGAUCCCCCUGAUAUGUAGGAAACCUCAAGUAUCUGCAAUGUUGACAUGCUUGAUAGGUUUUUGUGUCUCUGACUUCCUCAUCUAAGUGGUUGAAUUUACAAUUACAGCAGUCCAGACACAGCGUCCCAUCACUUUCAUACAGUAAACACUCUGUUGUUUAAUAUCUUGACAUCACCAAGUCCCCUCUGUUCCUGACUGGGGUACUGUUUUGUUUUGGAGUGUGCAAAAUACGUAAAAAGACUGAGGCUGAAUUGUUUGUACCCUGCUUAGAGACUUACAGUUGGGCACAGAACAAGGGCAGUUUUAGACAAAUGAGCAUAAGCCACUCUUCUCAUCCCCCCCUUUCAUUUCAAUAUUCCAAAUAAACUUCGAAGUUGCCACUA